CCCCCACCACCACCAGGCUUAGCUGAUUUUCCUCGGACGAGAAACGGCCAUUUAGACCUUAGAUUAAAAAAAAUGACCGACCAACUUUGUAAACUUUUCGUCGGCGGACUGAAUGUAAACACCGACGACGAUGGGCUACGCAAGCAUUUCGAGCAAUUCGGCACCCUCACCGACUGCGUUGUCGUCGUGAACAAGCAGCUUCAGCGGUCCCGCUGUUUCGGCUUUGUAACUUACUCGACGCCGGAGGAGGCCGACGCAGCAAUGGCGGCCAGGCCACAUGAUGUCGACGGCAACACGGUCGAACUGAAAAGAGCCGUGGCGAGGGAAGACGCCAACAAACCCGAGGCUCUCGCUAAAGUGAAGAAAAUAUUCGUCGGGGGACUGAAAGACGACAUCGAAGAGGACAACUUGACCGAGUAUUUUUCCCAGUUUGGCGAAAUCGAGAAGUCCGAAGUUAUUUCGGAGAAGGAAACCGGAAAGAAGAGGGGCUUCGGCUUUGUUCACUUUCUGGACAACGACUCGGCCGAUAAGGCGGUCGUGUUGAAAUUCCACAACGUCAAGGGACACAAAGUCGAGGUGAAGAAAGCCCUUACCAAGCAAGAGAUGCAGUCGGCCAACAGGGUCGGCAUGAUGAGGGGAGGAGGAAGAGGGGGGAUGAGAGGUAUGAGGGGUCAAAAUGGCUUCGGUGGCGGCAGAGGAGGAUACAACAGCUACGGGGGCAAUGAUGGCGGCUAUGGCGGAGGCUACGGCGGUGGUUAUGGUAGCGGCUACGGAGGUGGCUAUGGUGGGGGCUACGGCGGCGGCUAUGGCGGCGGUUACGGAGACCAGAUGGGAGGUUACGGCGGCGGGAACGGAUAUAACGAUUUUGGUAGCGGCUACAGUCAGCAGCCAUCUGGUUAUGGUCCGAUGAAAGGCCCUGCUCCCGGCUACGGUGCCCAGAGAAGCGCUGCUCCAUACGCCCGGGGGGGCGGCGGAGGUGGCUACCAGAGAGGGGCCUAUGGCGGCGGGUAUUAAACGCCGAUCUCACCACGACAGACUAUUCGCAAGGAAAAAUCCCCACACACCCCCUCAACCAUACCUUCCAGAAUCGAAAGAUAAUCUCAAAAUCAUUAAAUGAGGGCAUCUGCUGUAUAUUCCAACCAAGGCAAAAAUGCGGACACUGUGAACCCCUCUAAUCUAUACGAAGACCUCAGUAACCCAAACAGGUAGGAAGAUCACUUCCCAGAAAGCCUGAUUUACACGAGCAGCUGUUGUUGCUACUAGGACAUGUUCGAGUUAAGAAUACAGUGAAACCGAUUUAUGUUCCACGUCGUGGGCGUGUAGCUGUCGUUUAUAAAGUUGGAUAUUUUUUUGCGUUCAGUCGAUUUUUUGGAAACUUGUAGAAUUGUUUUCCCCAUUUUUUUGUUGUAAAAUAUUUUGAUUUAUUUGCCUCUUAUACGUUUUUAAUAAACUAGAUUAGACAGUUAUUUCUGAAGUGAAAAGUAGUGUUUCCUAUGUAUGGGGAAGAAGACGCAUGUGCAUUGGAUUUAAGUUACUUAGCUCUGUCACACUGAAACAUUUUGUGUAACCAUACACUGCUUAUAGCCUUUAGCUUAUUUAGUUGAGGCGGGAAAAUGGCGCUGCAGGAUUCGGGCAGUCCCCAUGAGCUUGCUCCACGUGUUGUGUAAUGACAUCGGUAAACUCACACCACACUUAAGACAGUGUACCGUUUAUCAUCAAGUCUAAAUAUUGUUCCCUUUUCCAUUUAUUUGCAGAAAUAUCUCAUGUAUAUUGUAUACUUUCAUGUUUGAGAUCAAAACUUAAACGACUAUUGUCACAAUGGUAUGCAUAUGUGUGUUCAUUUUAAAUAAAAAGCUAUACAAACUUA